UAUUAAUUGAUAGACUUCCAUAUUUAUAGAGAUAAAUCUUUAAAAUCUUUCAUCAAGAUUUACAAUCUUCAAUCAAUAACGAAUUUGAUUUCUUGCAGUUUUUGCAUUUGUUUCCUUUUUCUCCUCCUUGAGUAUGUGUUGUCAUCUGACAACUUAUGACAUAUUAUCACGGACAAACUUUUAAACAUGAUGUUUGAUGUAAUGCUUAUCUAUGUCCGUGUCUUUUGGUAUGUUCAUACUUUGCCUAGCGUGUAGAGGGAUAACCGAAGGCUUAAUAGUCCUAUUUUAGUUGGGUUUGGUGACCGUUUUAGGCUUAUAAAUAAAGGUUGUGUCAUGUGGACACUUGUGAGAGAUUUUCGGUCUGUAGUGGACCAUUUUACCCUUUGUUGUGCAACUGUUCAGAGCUUGUAAAGUCUGUUUGUAAUUUGCAUUGUCUAUGAAGUGUUUUCGAAAAUGUUUGCUUGUGAAUCCCGAAUGAGGCGUUUUCUCUAACCCGUUCUCUCUUUUGUGGGUCCUAAGGGACAUAGGAGGCUUUGGGGAGGCUGACCUUUGCGGACGGACACGCAAGGGUGCCGCACGACUUAGGCAAAACCAGCUAAGUCCGUGACAAUAUGCAAAAUAUAUCUUACUAAUAAAAUUUAUUCAAAUAACUUAUAAACUAAAUUACUCUUUCAUCAUAUGCUUCCGCUACGUAGGAACUCGUCCCGAGUUCAAACAAUUGAAAUUUUGAUUCGCUAUGAUAGUGGAACAUCUAGCUAAAUCAAAAGCUCUUAUACCAAUAUGAUGAUAACGACUCCUUAGAUCAAUUUUGGAGAAGUACUUUAAUCCCGCUAUCAUGUCCAACAUCUCGUCAAGCCUAGGUAUGAGAAACCUAUACUUAAUUAUGAUUUUAUUGAUGACUCGACUGUCUACGCAUUCUCCAACUACCUUCCUUUUUAGGUGUAAGCAAUGUAGGAAUUGCAUAAAGACUUGACUUUCUCUAAUAAAACCUUUCUGUAGGAAGUUCAUCCACUUAUUUUUUUAGUUCAAUAUGUUCUAAGGGGUUCAUCCUAUAAUGUGGCAAGUUUAGAAGAGUUGACCUUGGGACUAAGUCAAUAGCAUGUUGAAUGUCUCUAGGAGGGGGCAAUUUAUCAAGCAAUUCCUCAUGGGUGAGAUGUUUAAAUUCUUUAAGAACCUUAUCAACUUCCUUGGGUUGGUCCUAGGAUUCUUCAGGUGAUGAUCUUUGUACUUCCCUAGUCAUAAGGGCAUAAAUUAUUGCCUCUUAUUGGCUUUCAUGUUUAAAAGAUUUUUGUUUAACAAAUGAAGGGGUUUAUCCUCUUGUGGCAUCUGUGAAAUUUUAUUAGCCUUAGUUGGCUUACUUUGGUUUAAUAUAAUCUUCUUUCCCUCAUGUUUAAGCACAUAAAUGUUGGUAAAUCAAAAACAGGUCACAUCAACGUCAAAGAGCCAUGGUCGUCCUAAAAGGAUAUGUGCAACUUCCAUUAGAAGGACGUCACACCAAACUUGUCUAUGAUAAGUUGCAAACUUAAUAGGAACUAGACAACAUUGGUUAAUAAGGAUAGUGACUUUAUUUACCCAUGCUACUUAUAGGGUUGAGGGUGUGUUUCAGGUUUCAGUUUUAUUCUUUCAAGGGCUCCUAUGGAGACAACAUUUACACUACUACCUCCAUCAAUGAUUACCUUACAACUCUUGUCACCCACUUUAAUAUAGGUAUAAAAAAUAUUGGUUCGUCUCCUCUGCCUUGGGUGUGGUUAAGAUACUUCUCAUGACAGUAAGGGUUGCAUCGUCAUUUUCAUUAGCUAAUCGGUCUUCAUCACUAGCAACUUCUUUAGGGAUGUGAGCUAAUUCAUUUUCAAGUAUUUCAUUAUUUUUAAGAUCAUUUCCUAUGUGAAGGGCUCUCGAUGGGCAUUGAUGUGCAGAGUGUUCUUGUCUUGUGGCAAUUAAAGCAACAAGCUGAGUUGUUGCUUUGUUUUAAAGUUUCAGUAACAAUCUUUCCUUUGUUGUCUUUGGGACAUCUAAUGGUUGGAUCACUAAAUCGAUUUUGAGUGGAGGCAGUGUUGGAAAUUUUAGAAGACUCAUCAUUUUUACUGACCUUGUGUGUGGCAAACUCCCUGACUUGAAAACUGAACCUCCUAGGGACAUAAACCUUAAGAUAAUGUUCAUACUCCAAUAUCAUAUUAUAUGCAUAUUCCAAAGAGUUUAUAAUAUGUGGGAUUAACUCUUUCCUAAUUUUAAGCUUUAGUCUAGUGCGAAAUCGUGAGAUAGUUUGACGAGUAGUCUUUCGAAUGUCACAUCUAACUAUCAAUUCAGCAAAUUUAUUACUAUAUUCAUCUAUAGACAUUGUUUAGAUGUAAGGUUUGGAGUUGAUCCAUCAAAUGUUCUUGGUAGGAUAUAGGCAUAUAAUUUUCUUUUAGUUUUUCUUUCAUUUCAUCCUGAUAUUCUAUUGGAGUUUGACCUCAACGUUGAUUUUUUUUUCAAUAUUGGUCCAAUGGAGUUUGGCUUGACCUAUGAGUUUCAUUUUUUUGCAAAGCGUACUCGGUGACCUUCUGACAUGUCUCAUACAAAUUGAAAUAGCCAUCCAUAUCGGACAACCAAUCAAUAAAAUCCUUUGGGUCCAACCUGCCAUCAACGUAGGGUGCUUCUACUUUGACCAAUUUUCUGAUGUCAUCAUUAACUUCCCUAAGAUUAUGUCUACCAUGACCCAAGCAAUUUUGGUAAUUCUCGAACAUGUCCAAGUUGUACAUGUGUUAUGAUGGUACUAGUGGUGGAGCACGAGGCAUUUCAUAUGCUUUUUUGGGCUUGUACUUGAAAUGUUGUGAGUGAUUUCUAGGACUGUUGUUUUUUUCUAAUGUGAUUUUUCUCUUGAUCCAACUUAGUAUGAUUUGAGUUAUCAUCAUCUUGAGUUGGAUCUAGGACCCUUGAAGUUUCAGCCUUCUCAACAUAUUGUCUAUUACCAAAGGAAACCAUAGUAGUAUACAAAAUGUCUAAGCAAACUUGAUGUCAAGCAAUUCAUAUGCAAAAGAUUCAUGAAUAGAGGUGCGAGGCCUUUAUCCUAGGAAUUUGCUCCUUGAGCCAGAGCGAGUCUGGUAGUUAUUUUCUUUUUUUUUCUCUUAUUUUCUCUUUUUUUUCUCUCUCUACCUCUCUAUCCUCAAAAGGAAAUCUGUUGCUACUCGUCCUACAUCAGAUUUGGUAUUAGAGCAGGUUCCCCACCAUGUCUACCAGAAGUGAUCAACCUUAUAACGAUCUUUUGACUGAUAGAGAAAGAGAUGAACUUUUGUGUAGUCUCAGCAAAAGGUUCAAGUCUUUUGAACAUGAACUACUUGACAUCAAAGUUUGCCCAGAUACUUUGUCUAUUACCAUUGUUUCCUUUGGAAAGAGACAAUAUGCUGAGAAGGCUGAAACUUCAAAGCUCCUAGAUCCAACUCAGGAUGAUAAUAACUGAAAUCAUACUGAGGCAGAUCAAGAGUUGGACCAAGAGCAAAAUCACAUUCUAAAAAACAACAGUCCUAGAAAUCACUCACAACUUCCCCCUGAUCAAGUCGGAGGACUUGGAGCGAGUCCAGAAUUACCCCCUAUAUUCCUCUUCUAUCCCAUCCUCAACCAUCUUGCAACGAAGACCCACAAAUUGAUCUCUCAACAUUCGAAGUCAAUCAAAAGGGUGUCAAAGAGCUCCUCCUUGAUGAUUUUGAUUUUGAUAUCAAUGGAAAUGGCCUUCAAGGGCAAGCAUUGACUGAAGAAGGAUUUGCAUACUGCUGGUCUGGUGCCCGAGCAAAUGUUGGAAUAAUUGGAGGGAAGUACUGUUUUGGCUGCAAAAUUAUUUCUGAUCAGGCAGUUGACAUGGCUGACACGCCGCCAGAUAAACAACAUGUGUGCCGUGUUGGUAUUUCAUGGGCGGCUGAUCCUGUUGGGAACCUAGGAGAAACAACAAACAGUUUUGGAUUUGGUGGAACUGGCAAGUUCUCAAGUUCCGGGAAGUUCUCUGAUUACGGCACCAAGUUUGGUGUUUCUGAUACUAUAAUUUGUGCUGUGGACCUUGACAACAAGCCAUUGGCUUCAAUUGGGUUUUCGAAAAAUGGGAAAUGGUUGGGUGUUGCUAGGCAUUUUGAUGCAAGCUCAAGAGGGCUUGGUGUGGUAGAGCUGUCACAUCAGGGUCUACCAUGGGAAUCUGCACUUUUCCCACAUGUACUUUUGAAGAACGUUGUGGUUCAGUUGCAGUUUAGCAUCGAAGAUGGAUUGGUUCCUGAAGAAGGUUACAAGCCUUGGGCAUCUGCUCUUCAGGAUGCCAAUGCAGUAAUUGGUCCCACGUUCACAAGCCCUAGUCAAUGUGAGGUUAUAAUGAUGGUUGGUUUACCUGCCUCUGGGAAGACAACGUGGGCAGAGAAAUGGAUAAAGGAGCAUCCUGAGAAGCGAUAUGUUCUGCUUGGAACAAAUCUUGCUCUGGAUCAAAUGAAGGUUCCAGGACUUUUGCGUAAGCAUAAUUAUGGAGAACGUUUUGAAUGCCUUAUGGAUCGAGCAACUAAAAUAUUUAAUACUUUAUUAACUAGGGCCACCAAGACACCACGUAAUUACAUUCUUGAUCAGACAAAUGUUUACAGGAGUGCCCGUAAUCGCAAAUUGAAAACAUUUGUGAAUUACCGCAAGAUAGCAGUUGUUGUUUUCCCUACACCGGAUGAGCUUAGAUUUCGAGCAGAAAAGCGUUUUAAAGAAAUGGGAAAAGAUGUACCUGCCAAAGCAGUAAAUGAGAUGAUUGUCAACUAUGUUUUACCGCUGACCAAGAACAUGCAUGGUUCAAAUGAGUUAUUUGAUGAGGUUAUUUUCCCAGAAAUAGGGAGGGAGGAGGCACAAAGACACUUGGAUGAAAUGAAACGCACACUACUGUCUCCUAAUUUAAGCGCAAAAAGAGAUUUGUCACCUUUUGCUCAUGAACAUUCCAUUCGAUCAUUCCCUGUUCCUAAUGUAGCAACUGUGGAAGCUUCUCCAGUUUCCCACUUCCCACGUGCUAGUGUAAACUUGUCAGCUUCCCACCCCUCUCUCUUGGUUCCCUGCCAUGAUAGCUCAAGUAGUUUCCAAGAUAAUACAAUGUAUUCAAGUCGUGGCUCCUCUGGGGAUCAUCGGACAAUGUUAGGAUACACUGGUUUGCCUAUGCAAAGUGAUAGUGCAUAUAGGGACUACUCAAAGUAUGGGGUUACUUCAUGUCAUGGUACCGAUCCUCUUCCUUACGCGAGCUAUACUGGUUCCAAUUUUCCCACUGGAAAUACCUAUGACAGGAGCUCAAUACCUUAUGGUGACAUGAGCCUCUAUCAGACAUACAACACUGCAGAUGCAUUUAGAAGACCUAGUUUCGACGGUUUUAGCUCCUCUGCAAAGGUUAUUAACUAUGAAAAUCCAUUGACACCAACCUUGUCCAGAAGUCCAGUUGGACAACUUCUUGAUCCAGGAUUUCCACACAUUCAUCAUCCAGCUGCUAGGGAACCACCAUACGAGUGGCGAAGCCCUGCCCAAAGCACUCAUGGUUCAAAUUAUGGAGCUCCACUACCUAGACCUCCUUAUAGAGACCCCCCAGACCAAAUAAACCCUCGACCUGGUCAAUGGUAUCACUAGCGACACCAUGGUUGAUAUUGUCAUUUUUUUCUUUUUCUUUUUGCUCUUUUUUAUGGGGAGUUAAACAAUUUUUAUAAUAUGUAUUCUUAGUUUAUGUGUGUUUUUUUAAAGUUGAUCCUUAAAUUUGUGCAGUCCUGCACAGUGAUAAGAUCAAUAUUUUUUGGAACUAUGCCUUGAAUAUUGUCUCAUGAGUCAGGAUUUAUUUUUCUAUCCGAAGUAGGAAAGACUCUAUUUUAAGGCGGUA